AUUUCCCUAGAUAGUAGAACUUAGACUUUUUUAGGAAUUCUCUAGAUGUGAUUGCAAUGAUUUCUCACAAUCAAACCACAUUCAUACUUGUUGGCUUCACCUUUAGCCCUUGGGUACAAAAUGGUGUGUUUUUACUUUUUCUACUACUUUAUUCUAUAUCAUUAACUGGAAACAUGUCAAUAAUUGCAGCCAUCUGGCUCGACAGACGUCUUCAUAUUCCCAUGUAUUUUUUCAUCACCAGCUUGGCUUUCUUGGACAUUUGGUUUAUAUCAUCCACAGUGCCCAAACUGCUCACUAUCUUGGCUUCCAGUAACAGAAAGAUUUCUUUACCUGGAUGCUUUCUACAACUUUAUUUUUAUGUUUCUCUUGGAGCUAUAGAAUUCUAUCUUUUGGCAGUCAUGUCAGUAGACCGGUAUGUGGCAAUCUGUCACCCACUGAGGUAUCAUUCAAUCAUCUCUCGUUGUGUCUGUCUUUGGUUGGUAUUAGUGUCAUGGAUAUUUGGCUUUCUUACCUUUAUCUACCCCACAGUUCUACUGUUUGGUCUGUCUUUUUGUGGACCAUAUGAAAUCAAUCAUUUUUUCUGUGACAGCUCAGCAGUGGUGGAGAUCAGUUGCUCAGAUAUAAGCCAGUUUGAUAUGUUUUUUACCAGUUUUGCUUCAGCUGUAAUUUUGGGCUCAUUCAUCCUUACUUUGAUUUCCUACUGUAAUAUUCUUAUCACUGUCCUAAUGAUACCCUCAGCCAGUGGGAAAAUCAAAGCUUUCUCCACUUGUACUUCUCAUUUCACAGUGGUCUCAUUAGCCUAUGGUAGUGCCAUCUUUAUAUAUGUACGUCCAGUGGAAAGUUCUUCUACGGACCUUAAUAAAAUUGUAGCACUUCUCAACAGUGUCCUGACACCAGUGCUCAAUCCAUUUAUAUACAGCCUGAGGAAUAAGCAGGUCCAACAAGUUUUCAGGGAUUUAGAGAAAGGUUUGCAUUUGAAAAAGUAAAUUAUAAUUUGUGAAGCUACAAAUCAAGGCAUUCCUUUUUAUUAUGCCAUCACCUAAAGUCUCUUUCAUGGGCUGCCCACAUUACAAAACUCUGUUAUGAAAACUGAACUCCAGGUAGAUGUUUCUAAAUUACCAAUGGAGGCAAUUAUGUAUUAAUCAUUAUUUGUAUUGUAAAUACAACUAUUAUAAAUACCUGUGUUAUGUGCAAUGAUUACCACUAGGGUCCUGUGUCGAGCAACUGCCCUGCUGUUUUGUAAACACAAGAGGUUGCUUGGUCAGCAAGGGUGCUAUUCAUAGAACACUUUGCAUUUUCUCAAUGAAUGCAAAGAGUUCUCUUAUUGGACAGGAAGGAGAUCGUGGCAUCACCUCCCUGCCUCUCCAUUUCAUCCAAUCAGAGAAUUUCUUGAGAAAAU